UUUGUCGAGUUGUUUUUCCGAGUACUCAGCUGUUUUCCUUGCUUCCAAAGAGCAACAUGACUGGGUAAGCAGUGCUUUGUCAGAACAUUUUCAGGACAUCUGCACGAAUAAAAUGGCCAAUCCGCUGAGGAGUGAGGUAGUGCGCUUGUAUAAAACGCUCCUAUUUCUUGGCAGGGAGUAUCCAAAAGGAGCCGAUUAUUUCAGAGAUCGCCUGAGGGCUGCCUUCACCAAAAACAGGGACGUGAAAGACCCAGAGGAAAUCAGACAGCUCCUGAGCCGCGGAGAGUAUGUGGUGAAGGAGCUGGAGGCUUUAUACUACCUGAGGAAGUACAGAGCCAUGAAGAAGCGCUACUACGACGCAGAGUAACUCAUGGAAAACUCAGGUGCAGAGUUUUCCAACCUGAUCCUCAGAGCCACCGGGCGUCCACAUUUUCCUUCAUCCUUGUGUGUUAAGUUGAAGCAAAAAUGUGACUGUCUCGGGGCCCUGAAGACUGGGUUGGGAAACAUUGCGUCGGCCCUAGAGACCUCCUCAUACUCUGCACAUCUUCGUUUGCCCUGAUCCAGCACAUGAGGAGUCCCCAGGACUAGAAUUGGGAGCCCCUGCCUUAAAGGGGAAGCUGUAAUUGAAUGGCUGAGAUGUAAUCAGUCACUGAGUGGGCUGAUAUGAAAUGCCCCAUUCUAGAGAAACUUGCCGAGUCAGAAUUGUUCCCAGUGGUGGUGAUAGGAACCAGACGUCUGAAGAGUUUAAUACCUCUGAAAGCUCCCUCACAGAAAGCUAUUACACAAAAUGGUUAGAUAUAUGCUUUUCGGAAUUCUUAUUAUUUUACCAUCAAUGUUACUUAUAAAACUCAGAAGACGUGUAGGUUAACUGGUGGUUUUAGAAUAGGGAAUAAAAUGUUUGUGGACAUUUGUCACCCCUGGUUCCUAUCAUCACCACUGUGGAGAAAUCAGUCUGCAGGUUUCUCUAUAGUGAACCAUUUCUCAUCAAACCACUCUGAAUUACUCUGUUUAGAUCUCAAGGACUGAAAUAUUCAGAAAUUUUGAUAAAUUGGUGGAUUUUCCCUGUAAUACUUGAAAAUCUUCACAAUCUUCUUAUUCAUAUGUACCAUCUACGUUUAAGCUAAAGCAAGAACAAAGUGCUUCUUGAUGCUCAGAAUGUCUUCCCCUCGACAACCUAUGAAUAAUGCAGAUUUAAUUACAAUUACAUUAUCCUUAAUAUGUUCUUUAUAUAUAUAUAUAUAUAUAUAUAUAUAUAUUAUAUAUAUAUAUAUAUAUAUAUAUAUAUAUAUAUAUACAUAUAUAUACACACACACACACCAAAUAAAUAUACUUAAUAUAUUUAAAGACAGAGUGCUUGUUCAUGCUCAAAACAUGUCAGUUUCCAAUGAAUACCUGUAAGUAAUUUUUUUACACAUUUAUUUAGUACUUAGAGCUGCCAUAUGAGUCAAUUUUGUUGAUUUCACUUUCAAAGGGGUUUCUGACUUCAGACAUACCAUGACUAUCACUCAAAUGAAUUACAAUGUCCAAGCUGGUCUAAAAAAUGAAUUUAUUAUAAAAACAAAACAGCAGUAGAUAAACUUAUGAACCUGAAGGAUCGUUGAAAAUACACUGUUGGAACAUUUCUGGAACAUUGCCAGAAUACUUCAGGCGUUUUGUGCCGGUCCAUCCUUCGCAUUGAAUAAGACAUUGUUUAUAAAGGGUGGGGAACUACAAUGAAUCUGAACUAUACUGUGAGGUAGAGAUUCAGACCUGAGUCAACAGGUCAAGAGAAGCCACCACACUCUGACACAUCUGCCCUGCAAAUAGGACAUGUGGAGUUCUCCUGAGAAUCAAACAGAAAAAAAUAAUGCACAGAUUAAACAACAAUAAUACAUUUGAGAAAAUGGUGACAUUGUAAAACUGUGUUACAAUGGCUCACUUUUAACCAGCGGUCAAUGCAGUUCACAUGGUAGUCAUGGAGACAUGGAAGCAUUCUCAGCUUCUCCCCUUCUUUGUAGUCACAGAAACAGAUCUGACACCUGUAAGAAAGAGUUAAAACAAAAAAUAUUACAAAUAUGCACCGAGUUAGCACUCAUGGGAUGGGAAAUGAGAAAUUAUGCUCUUACUCUGUUUUCCCAGCAUUAUGUGCAGGGUCAUAGACUUUUGUAGGGAGUCUUUCUAUGUCCCCUUUUCUAAGAGUGUUCUUGGCCACCGCAGUUCCCUGAAGCUCCUCAAAUGCUAAGAGAGCCUAGAGACAAAAACCACCAAAGAAACAUAAGCAAGAGGAAAAGUGCUGAUGGGCAUAGGAGGCCCAGCAUAUAUACUCAUUUUAGCAGCAGAGCUGUAGUCAUCUAAGGUUCAUACCUCAUAGUUAUUCCCCUGGCUGUCAUCAAACAGGUCCACAGGCAGGUGGGAAGCCUGUCUGCGGCGACUGCUGCGACCACGCCGUGCUUGAGGCUGUCUUGCUUGCCCACCUGACCAGUCAAAAAAAAAAACACACCAUCAGCAAAGACAUCUUCCAUAAUCCAGAACAUGCAUGAAUCUAACCUGAGAAACAAACAUGUACUAAAUAAACCUAUUGCAUGUUCAUGAAAUAAAAAGGUGACAUACCAGGCUGCCCGUGAACCAUUGCCUGCUCCAGCUCUGGAAACCCCAGGCUUCUGAAUGAUGGCGAGUUGACCACGGAUGCCCAGGGAGAGAUCCAGCCCAAACCUACAUAGGACUCAACCUAAGGGGAAGAUGUAAAACCAAAUAAUUACUUUCAGUAGUCACAGAUAGUAACUGGAAAGUUGGUAGCAAUUACAACACUGGUUCUCAACUCCAGUUCUGGGAACCCCUUGACCUGCACAUUUUCAUGUAUUUUUACCUCAACACAACUGAUUAAGGUCAAGAAGGACUUGAUAAUUACCUUGUGAGCUAGAUUAGACCGAGAAUACUUGAAAAGUGCAGCUAAGGGAGGUGGGGUGAGAACCACUGGAUUAUAAUCAUUUUCAGUAAAGUUUCUUGGCAAAUAAAUCUGCUCAAACAUAAAACUCUCCUAAAAGAAUGGGCUCUAGAGUGGUUCAACUGUCUAAAAAAGGAAAAAUCUGGUGUAUUGUUAUUGUGGUGUAGUAUUUAUUGCCUACAUUACACAAAUAGUUACUAGUCAUAUUUGCAUAUACAGUUAUUUUAAGCUAAUAAAUGAAAAUCAAAUUUCAUUUUUCAUGAGAUUUCAUGACAGACCAAAUCAUUUCCUAAUGAUUUAUAAUCAAAAAGAAUCUCUGAGAGGUCAGAGACUACCCCAUUAACCAUACUUUCAGUGUAUGCUGUGUUUCAAUGCUUUAGGUAAAAAUGGGACUUACUGGAUGCAUUUAAUAAAACUAACCGAGUGGUUAUGGC